AUGGUCUUCCAUCGGAUCAAAGAAGGUCUGAAGGUGGUCGGUAUUUUGACAGAUGUGAAGGAUACCAGCCUCCCUUCGGAUGGUGCCAGUCAGACAUUAAUGCUCCGCUCGUUACCGUCUGGAUCUACCGAGCGCGAUGGUUGUCUUCGUAUUCGUCGUCAUGAAUUACGGCUAACCUACAGCACACCUCGUAGUAUGCCGGAGGGUCCGGAUUCGUCAUUACUUCCCGGAAUAUUAGGACCGUCCACAUUCACGGGUCGUCCUGCCUUUUCCGACGUAUCUACCGGGGAUUGGAUUUGCUCCAGAACAGAGCAUCAACUGCGUGCUAUUCUACUCCCAGUUGGUCGGCAACCUGGUAAUUAA